AUGUCGCGCCGCUCCGCCUCCUCCUCACCCUCGCCCCGAUGUUCAAAACGUUUGAAGAGGGACCAUCUCACCAAGGAGGACUUCAAGAAUGGUGUAUUUCUCGCUCCUAUGGUACGGUCUGGUGCAUUGCCCACACGCUUGUUCGCUUUGAAACACGGUGCUACCCUCGUAUGGGCCCCAGAGAUCGUCGACAAAGCUAUCCUUCAUUCCACACGUGAGGUCGAUCCUAUAACCGGCGUUAUUUCGUACAAUGGCGUCUCCCGCGCCAUUUUCGCGACGCAUCCAGUGGAAAAACCCUACCUCAUCUAUCAAAUCGGUUCUUCAGACCCCGAACUCGCGGUCCAAGCCGCCAAAAUGGUGAUGCAAGACGUAUCGGGUAUCGACCUCAACUGCGGAUGUCCGAAACCCUUUUCAACGCACGCCGGGAUGGGCGCGGCGCUGCUCACGAACCCGGACUUGCUCUGCUCCAUCCUGACUGCGUUGAGGCGGGAAAUGCCCCCCGAGAUAACUGUCACUGCGAAGAUCCGCUUGCUUCCCUCCCAAGAGGAUACUUUGAAGCUCGUGGAGAGGAUCGUGAAUACGGGGAUAAGCGCGUUGACGGUUCAUUGUCGGACGAGGAAUAUGCGGGAGAAAGACCGGGCUGUUAUUGAGCGGUUGAGGGAAAUUGUUGAAUUUGUUGAAGGGUUGGGGAGGGGUAUUGCAGUCAUUGAGAAUGGUGAUUGUAUGAGCUGGGAGGACGCGAAGAGGGUGCGGGAGACGACUGGAGCGCAUUCGGUUAUGAUUGCGCGAGGAGCUGAAGCCAACCCUUCUUGCUUCUCCUCGAACCCUCUCAAGGAUAUCGAAAAGACCCUGAUACCCGCUUAUCUCCGCGUGGUACGCAUUUUUGCACGCACGUAUCAUCACCCAUCCGCUAAUGCCUACAGGUAG